AUGGCGGCGCCCUGCGCGGUAGCCUGUGCAGAAGCUGGUCGAGAAAGCGGUCGCGUUCCGUCACCGUCGUCCGCCGCGGAGGAAAAGCGACCACAGUUCGGGACUCGUUUCCUCACGGACCCCCGGCAGGUCUUCCAGCACAACGCGUGGGACAACGUGGAGUGGACGGAGGAGCAAGAGGCGGCUGCAAAAAGCAAAGUACAAGAGAACAGCCAGCCGCUGCCAGCAGAGAAGCAAGAGGAUUUUGACAGCCGGGCCAACGAGUACUGGAAUGACUUCUACACCAUCCAUGAAAACCGCUUCUUCAAAGACCGCCACUGGCUCUUCACCGAGUUCCCCGAAUUGGCGCCGGCACCCCUCCAUCCCGACGGCUCGGGAAGCUGUCACAGUUCUCGGUCCGGUCCGCACCCUUGCGUCGUACCCUUAAAUCCGACGGACUUCCCGGGUUCUUCGGCCUCGUAUCGUAUUCUCGAGGUAGGCUGUGGUGUUGGCAACACGGUUUUUCCCAUCCUAAAGACGAACAAUGACCCAGGGCUUUUUGUAUACUGCUGUGAUUUCUCCAGUACUGCCGUGGAACUCGUCAAGGCAAAUCCGGAGUACGACCCUGGACGCUGCUUUGCCUUCGUGUGCGACCUGAGUGAUGACGGCGCGGCCUACCCGGUCCCAGACGGAAGCCUCGACGUGGUGGUCCUCAUCUUUGUGCUGUCGGCAUUGCAUCCCGACAAGAUGCGAGCAUCCGUGAGCAGAUUGGCGCGGUUGCUAAAGCCCGGUGGGGUGAUGCUGCUGCGGGACUACGGACGCUACGAUAUGGCACAGUUGCGCUUCAAAAAAGGAAGAUGUCUGUCAGAUAACUUUUACGUUCGGGGUGAUGGAACAAGAGUGUACUUCUUUACUCAAGACGAGCUGCACGACAUAUUCAGUGAGGCCGGGCUACACAAGGUGCAGAACUUGGUGGACCGGAGGCUUCAAGUGAACCGCGGCAAGCAGCUUACCAUGUACAGGGUGUGGAUCCAGUGCAAGUACCAGCGGAACCCAGAGGAGGAAACCACCUCAAAUUGA